GGUGAUUUCUGAUAGUGAAAGGGACCAUAAUUCUGGUCUAUCAAGAAUGGGAGUAAAAGGGUUUAUGGAGAAUCAUCCAAAUAUUAGCAAGAAGGAGAGAAAUAAAGUGAAAGAAGAAGAGAUGAAGAGGAGCUCAAGAAAACAAUUGAAGGCUAUGCUUCGCAAGAAUUGGCUUUUGAAAAUUCGACACCCUUUUGUUACUCUUACAGAGAUUUUGCUCCCCACUGUUGUAAUGCUAUUGCUAAUAGCUGUGAGGUCGCAAACUGAUUUGCGAAUCCAUCCAGCCCAAGCGUAUAUUCGAAAAGACAUGUUUGUACAAGUGGGAAAAAGUGAUAUAUCUCAGCCUUUUGUCGACAUUCUCCAGUUUUUGUCAGCCAAAGGGGAGCAUUUGGCUUUUGCACCUGAUACAAAUGAGACAAAGAUGAUGAUCAAUAUAUUAUCUUUAAAAUUUCCUCUGCUGAAGAUGGUUGCAAGAGUUUACACGGAUGAAGAAGAGCUUGACACCUACAUUCGUUCAAAACAUUAUGGUGCUUAUGAUAAAGAAAAGAACUUCACAAAUCCAAAAAUUAGAGGAGCAGUUGUUUUUCAUAAUCAAGGUCCUGAGAUGUUUGAUUACAGCAUAAGGUUGAACCACACAUGGGCUUUUUCAGGAUUCCCUGAUGUCAGAACAAUCAUGGAUGUGAAUGGUCCUUAUAUGAAUGACUUGGAAUUAGGGGUCAAUACAGUUCCAAUUUUGCAAUAUGGCUUUAGUGGAUUUUUGACGCUCCAACAAGUCCUGGACUCUUUCAUUAUUUUUGUUUCCCAGCAGAAUAUAGCUAAUUUAUCUAUUGAAGAACGUGGGUUGCCUCAGCAAUCAGCCAGCAUAAGGUCGGCUGUUGAGGUACCUUGGACCCAGUUCAGUCCUUCGAACAUAAGCAUAGUCCCAUUUCCAACUCGUCAAUAUACUGAUGAUGAGUUCCAGUCAAUCGUCAAGAAAGUAAUGGGAGUACUGUACUUGCUUGGAUUUCUGUACCCCAUAUCUCGUCUUAUAAGCUAUUCUGUCUUUGAAAAGGAGCACAAGAUAAAACAAGGUCUUUACAUGAUGGGAUUGAAAGAUGAAAUAUUCUUUCUUUCUUGGUGGAUAACAUAUGCUUUGCAGUUUGCAGUUUCUUCUGGGAUCUUGACUCUUUGCACUAUGAAUACUCUUUUCGAGUACAGUGACAAAUCACUGGUUUUCAUCUACUUCUUUUCUUUUGGACUCAGUGCAAUAUCGCUGUCAUUUCUAAUCUCGACUUUCUUCUCACGGGCAAAAACGGCUGUGGCAGUUGGGACCCUUUCUUUCCUGGGGGCCUUCUUCCCAUAUUACACAGUCAAUGAUGAGGCUGUUUCUAUGGCAUUAAAGGUCACUGCUUCUGUCCUUUCACCUACUGCCUUUGCUUUGGGAUCAGUCAACUUUGCUGACUAUGAACGUGCUCAUGUUGGACUUCGUUGGAGCAACAUCUGGCGUGAGUCAUCUGGAGUUUCUUUUUUGGUCUGUCUCCUGAUGAUGUUGUUUGACACAGUAGUGUAUUGUGGAAUGGGCCUUUACCUGGAUAAGGUCCUUCCAAAGGAGAAUGGCAUACGUUAUCCAUGGAACUUCAUGUUUCAGAUAUCCUUUUGGAGGAAGAGAAGUACCAGUGGUCGUUCCUGUACAGUAGAAAAAUUAACUGACCAUCAUGUAAAGCAAGAGACUAGUCCUGUUGAGGAUGUACAUAACCCAGCUGUAGAAGCAAUGAGCUUAGAAAUGAGGCAACAAGAGCUUGACAACCGAUGCAUUCAGAUUAGAAAUUUGCACAAGGAGUUUCUGACAAAAAUGGGGACAUGUUGUGCUGUAAAUUCUUUGCAGCUAAAUCUGUAUGAGAACCAGAUUCUUGCUCUUCUUGGACAUAAUGGAGCUGGAAAGAGCACGACAAUAUCCAUGCUUGUUGGUCUUCUUCGUCCUACUUCUGGAGAUGCAUUGAUAUAUGGAAAGAACAUCUUGACUGACAUGGAUGAGAUACGGAAGAGUUUGGGUGUCUGUCCUCAACAGGACAUUCUUUUUCCAGAGCUAACUGUGAAGGAGCAUUUGGAAAUAUUUGCCACCAUAAAGGGCGUCGAUGAAGACUCUAUUGAUAGUAGUGUCACUGAAGUGGUGGAUGAAGUGGGACUUGCAGAUAAAAUUGGUACUACUGUCAAGGCUCUUUCUGGAGGUAUGAAGAGAAAAUUGUCCCUUGGGAUUGCACUGAUCGGAAAUAGUAAGGUUAUUGUUCUUGAUGAACCUACAAGUGGAAUGGAUCCAUAUUCAAUGCGAUUGACGUGGCAAUUUAUAAAAAGAAUUAAGAAAGGAAGGAUAAUAUUGUUAACAACUCACUCCAUGGAUGAAGCUGAUGUACUGGGAGAUCGCAUAGCCAUCAUGGCUAAUGGUACUCUGAAAUGCUGUGGAAGUUCCCUUUACCUGAAGCACCAGUAUGGGGUUGGUUACACUCUUACCUUGGUAAAGUCCGCACCAUGUGCUUCUCCAGCUGCUGAUAUUGUGUAUCAACAUAUUCCAUCUGCAACAUGUGUGAGUGAGGUUGGAACUGAAAUUUCCUUUAAGCUUCCACUGUCAUCCUCAUCUUCAUUUGAGAGCAUGUUUCGAGAAAUAGAGCAGUGUAUGAGAAGAUCGAACCCCAAUGCUGAAGCUAGGGGUCAAGAGAAUGACGACAAUAUUGGUGUUGAGAGCUAUGGUAUAUCUGUCACAACUUUAGAGGAAGUGUUCCUGAGAGUAGCAGGGGGUGACUUUGAUGAGGCUGACUGCUUUAAAGAGAACAGUUCUGCAGCUUCAUCUGAUUCUAAUGUUUCUAGAGCUUGUCAAAGUUAUGCUCCAAACCAUGUGUUCCAUAUCAAACAGUGCACAAACUUUUUUAAAGUUCUCGGGCUUCUAGUUACCACAGUUGGGAGGGCAUGUGGUCUAUUUUUUGCAACUGUUUUAAGUGUCUUUAAGUUCUUAAGUAUGCAGUGCUGCUGUUGUUUUGUGCUUUCGAGGUCAACAUUUUGGAAGCAUGUGAAAGCUUUACUUAUUAAGAGAGCAAUAUCAGCUAAGAGGGAUCGGAAGACCAUUGUCUUUCAGCUGUUAAUCCCGGCUGUGUUCUUAUUCAUUGGUCUUCUCUUUCUCAGUCUUAAGUCACAUCCAGAUCAGCAGUCAAUAACUUUCACAACCUCACACUUUAAUCCUCUCCUGAGUGGUGGUGGAGGUGGAGGUCCUAUACCUUUUGAUCUCUCAUGGCCUAUUGCCCAGGAGGUUGCAAAGCAUCUGAAAGGGGGCUGGAUCCAGAGGGUUAAAAAGACUCCGUAUAAGUUCCCUGACUCUGAAAUGGCAUUGAAUGAUGCUAUUCAGGUUGCAGGGCCCACUUUGGGACCAGCCCUUCUUGAAAUGAGUGAAUAUCUAAUGUCCAGUUUUAAUGAAUCUUAUGAGUCAAGGUAUGGAGCAAUUGUAAUGGACAAUCAGACUGAUGAUGGGAGGGUGGGUUAUACUGUCCUGCAUAAUAGUUCUUGCCAGCAUGCUGCUCCAACAUUUAUCAAUCUGAUGAACUCAGCAAUACUCAGGCUGGCUACCCUCAACGAGAAUAUGUCAAUAACGACACGGAAUCAUCCUCUGCUACUGACAGAAAGUCAGCAUCUGCAGCGUCAUGAUCUUGAUGCGUUCUCAGCUGCUAUUGUUGUUAACAUUGCCUUUUCAUUUAUUCCGGCCUCUUUUGCUGUGGCUAUUGUGAAGGAACAUGAAGUAAAAGCCAAGCAUCAGCAAUUGAUUAGUGGGGUAUCUAUAUUGGCAUAUUGGGCUUCAACAUAUAUGUGGGACUUCAUCAGCUUUUUAUUUCCUUCAUCAAUUGCAAUUAUUCUCUUUUCUGCAUUUGGUCUUGAGCAGUUUAUUGGAAAAGAAUCCUUCUUCCCCACCAUAAUGCUGUUACUGGAAUAUGGACUAGCAGUUGCAUCAUCAACCUACUGCCUUACCUUCUUCUUCUCGGAGCACAGCCUGGCACAGAAUAUAGUUCUGUUGGUCCAGUUCUUCAGUGGGAUUAUCCUCAUGGUUGUAUCAUUCAUAAUGGGGCUUAUGAAGUCUACAGAGCAGGCCAAUUCCCUUCUCAAGAACUUCUUCAGGUUGUCACCGGGAUUUUGCUUUGCCGAUGGAUUAUCUUCAUUAGCUCUUUUACGACAAGAUAUGAAGAAUGGAUCUGGUAGUAGAGUUUUUGACUGGAAUGUGACGGGUGCUUCCCUUUGUUACUUGGCUGCAGAGGCUGUCAUAUAUUUCCUUCUAGCACUUGGCCUAGAGCUCUUGCCACCUCACAAGAUAAAUUUAGCCACAGCUUAUGAGUGGUGGAUGAGGAUUAAACUUUCACUUGCAACUUCUGGCAGUUUGUCAGAGCCACUUCUGAAAUCAUCCUCAGGAGAUGUUGCUCUUAAAGUUGAUGAAGACAUCGAUGUCCUUACAGAGAGAAAUAGGGUACUCUCAGGUUCAAUUGAUGGUGCGAUCAUAUAUUUGCGCAAUCUGUGCAAGGUUUAUUCGGGAGGAAAGCACAGGCUAAAAGUAGCAGUUGAUUCAUUGACUUUCGCAGUUCAGGAAGGAGAGUGUUUUGGCUUUCUAGGAACCAAUGGAGCAGGGAAGACAACCACCCUGUCCAUGCUUUCUGGAGAAGAACAUCCAACUAGUGGAAAAGCAUUUAUUUUUGGCAAAGACAUAGGUGCGAACCCAGAGGCUGCUCGUCGGCUUAUUGGUUAUUGUCCUCAAUUUGAUGCGCUACUAGAGUUUCUCAAUGCUCAAGAACAUCUUGAGCUGUAUGCCAGAAUAAAAGGAGUUUCAGAAUUUGAGCUCAAAGAUGUUGUUAGAGAAAAACUGGUGGAGUUUGAUUUGCUGAAGCAUGCCACUAAACCAUCGUUUGCCUUAAGUGGGGGAAACAAGCGUAAACUAUCUGUUGCAAUCGCAAUGAUCGGAGAACCCCCCAUUGUCAUUCUUGACGAGCCAUCAACUGGUAUGGAUCCUAUUGCCAAACGAUUCAUGUGGGAGGUUAUAUCCCAGCUAUCAACCAGACGAGGAAAGACAGCUGUCAUUCUAACUACUCAUAGCAUGAAUGAAGCACAAGCUCUGUGUUCUAGGAUUGGGAUCAUGGUUGGAGGCAGGCUUAGAUGCAUUGGAAGUCCUCAGCAUCUAAAAACGAGAUUUGGGAAUCAUCUUGAACUAGAGGUCAAACCUACAGAAGUAAGCAUCAUAGACAUGGAAAAUCUAUGCCAAAUAAUACAAGAAAAACUCUUCGAUGUUCCAUGUCAUACAAGAAGUAUACUUGGUGACCUUGAAGUUUGCAUUGGAGCAAAGGACACUAUAGCAUCAGAAAGCACAUCAGUUGCAGAGAUUAGCUUAUCAGAGGAAAUCAUAGUUGCAAUUGGACGAUGGCUUGGGAAUGAAGAAAGAGUACGGGCUCUUGUAUCUGCAAGUGCGAGUAAUGCUUCAUCUGGGGCUACUGGUGAGCAGUUAUCAGAGCAGUUGGUCCGUGAUGGUGGUAUCCCACUGCCUGUAUUUUCGGAGUGGUGGUUAACCAAAGAAAAGUUUUCUGCUAUUGAUUCAUUUAUCCAAUCAUCAUUUCCUGGCUCCACAUUUCAAGGUUGCAAUGGAUUGAGUGCUCAAUAUCAGCUGCCUUAUGAGGAAGACCUCUCUCUUGCUGAUGUUUUUGGUCACCUAGAGCGUAACAGAAAUUUACUGGGCAUCAAAGAGUACAGUAUCAGUCAAUCAACACUAGAGACAAUCUUUAACCAUUUUGCUGCUGCUAACACAUGAAAUAAAAACUAUUUAGCAUAACCUUAAAUGGAAGCUAAUCCCUUCUUGUUUUUAGAGUUUGAAGGGUCUUUUUCUUCCAAUAUAUAUGGUAAUUUUGCUGCAAGCAGUGGAGGAAUUCCCCUUGAUGCAGAUAGAAGAUUCGCUAUAGGCAUUUCUGUCCUCUCCACUAGGAGUAUUUUACCAAUAAAUGUAUUGCCUUUCACAGAUUACUGUGGAAGUAUAAAUCUGUCUUAUAUAAUGGAACUUUUUCAUUGCUUUAUCUCAUCAUUCA